AUGCAACAAGUUCGACUAAAUCGAGAAUCGAUACCUGAAAUAGUUGCUCGUGAAAGAGAAACUGCUCCUACGAUUAUUCGUACUGAUCUAUCAUCAUUAUUAAGUGAAUAUACUAAUACACAACUACGAUAUAACGAUCGUCUUGAAUCUCUUGAACGUGAGAUGACAACUCUUAAAAGUCAAAUUCAUCCAGGUGUUCCAUCAUCGGAUGAAAAUGAACUUAAUCGAACAUUUACAAUAAAAAAACCACCAAUUUCACAUCCAACAUCAGCUCGAGUUACAAGUCCUUCUCGUAUUCCAGUACCAGUAACGCCUCGAAAAUUAACUAAUGAUGAUAUACCAAUAGUGCCUACAAAUAAUUUACCAUCAACUUCACGUCCUUUACCUCCAGUGCCUUAUGCACGUAGUAAAACUUUUCAUAAUGAUACAGCUUCAGCAUCAUCCAAUACAUCAGAUGAAGCAAAUCUUCUUCGAUCUUAUAAAGUACAUCUUGAACAAAUACGUCAUAAAGAUGUACAACCAUACUCUGAUAUAAAAAUUCCAAAUUAUACAUGUAUAGACGAUGUAAUUAAAGCAAAUGAGCAACUUUUACUUGAAAAUGAUCGUCUUCGAUCGGAAUUAAAUCGUUUAAAAACAGAAAGUACGUUAUUACUUCGAUCUAUGAAAACAGCAACAGCAAUUGAAUCAAACAUAGGCAAUGAACGAAUCAUUGCUGAACGUGAACGUCAAGAAUUAACAAUGGAAUUAGCACGACAAGUAGAAGAAAAUAAACGUCUUCGAAAAUCAUUAUUAGCUCAAUCAGAAAAACUUUUAGCAUUACAUCAUUCAACAAAUAUUUCUAAUGUUAAUUUAUCUACAUCCAAUAAUCAUCGUCAUACACCAGAAUCAGCACCACAAUCAUCGUCUAAUUCUAGUAGAAUUCCACAACCAAAAUCAGCUCGAUAUAAAUUGGGUAAUAAUCGAGGAUUUGUUCGAGCAAAAUCAUUUCAUCAUAGUUCACAGGAUCCAUCAUAA